CUAGACGGCAGUGUUGCACACACUUUAUUCUCGUGUUUGCGGAAGUGUGUGCACGAGUCUCACAGGGCAACCAGUGUGGUGUUGUUUAGUUUUAGUGAAGGUCUCUGCUCGUUUUAAACUAGCGGUGAGGCAGUGAAAUCCUCUCAGUGAGUAUUAUUAAUAGAGUUCGUCGCUCGGUCAGUUUCUGAUGUUUUUUCCUGUCCCACACCGGACUGUAUGAACCUCCUCUGCGGUGACUCCUGACAGCAGAACCCGGUGCCCGUGAGCAUGGCCCGGCCUCUGCAGGUCCUCUCCCUGCUCUCCAGGCUCGGUGCUCGGCCACUGACUCCCACUAACAGGUUCUCCAGCAGAGGCGUCGCUCCGUGGAUCGGACAGAGCCAUGUGCGCAGAGGCAGAGCUGCAGGACACAGCCAGGACAUGUCCGAGGAGGAGGGCGGAGGACAUCCGGAGGAUGUGGGGGACGUGGAGGACAAGCUCCAGACCUUGAUGGAUGAAGGUAGGAAGAGGCAGAGGACAGUGAAGUAUCACAUACUGAGGAGGCAGAUGACUCCACCAGGAGCUCCACAGAGGAAGCUGACCUGGGAGGCUAUUGAGCAGAUCAGAUACCUGAAGCAAGAGCAGCCAGAGGAGUGGACAGUAGAGCGUCUAGCUGAGGGCUUCUCUGUCACCCCGGAUGUCAUCCUGAGGGUCCUCAGGAACAAGUUUGUUCCUGCGCCUGAAAGAAAAGCAAAGCAAGACACUAAAGUAAUGGCUGCAUUGAGUCAGCUGGUGCUGCCUUCAGGUGCAGGGCAGGACAGACUGAAGCUGCCGGGGAACAAGGCGGUGGCCAUACUCCCAUCUGGAAGCAGAGAAGGUGCUUUAAUCUCUGCAGCUGACCGGAUGAUGAUCUCUGGAGCCCUGGCCAAGAGUCCAGCCCCAGUUACUGUUCUGCCCACCAGGCUCCCAGCUGGCAUCAGGAAAGAUGCCAUAGAGACAAGCUCAACAGAGGAGGACAGGCCCAGCAGCACUAAUCCAACAGAGGAGGACACAGAGGAAGAGGAGAGCUGGGAUGGCUGGGUUUUGACAGAUAACCAGCUGGAAGAGUUUAUGGAGAUGGAGAAGCCCUCUCCUGUGGUGCAAGUUGGGAAUGAUUUCUUUGAUGCAGAGGGAAACUUUAUGUAUAGAAUAUGAGGACUUCCUGUUGAACGUUUGGCUGUCGUCAUGCAAUAUUAAAUUUCAGCGACUUCUAGUAUAUAUCUCUACUGUACAGGCAAAAAUAAGUCUAAUAAAUUAAUAUUUUUCUGUU